AUGUUGAUUAUACGCCGCGUUUUCAGCUCAACUAGGUAUUUACAUUUUAAAUGUCGUAAACAAAUAGUGAUCAAAGUACAUAAUAAUCUUUCCCAUGCAUGACCAAAUUGUCAUCAUUUUUACAUCACUCUCUCAUUUUUCAUUACAUACUUUUAUUAUUUGUUGCUGACAUUUUCUUUUAUAUUUAAAGUGGCAAAGAGGUUUUAAGUUUCAUUUUUUAUAGAAAAGUGAUGACUGAGGUGAAAGAAUUCGACUAUUUGGUUCUUGGCGGUGGUUCUGGUGGAAUUUCUUCUGCGAGACGCGCCAGAGAAUUCGGAGUUUCAGUUGGAUUAAUUGAAUCUGGUCGACUUGGUGGAACAUGUGUAAAUGUUGGAUGUGUUCCAAAGAAGGUUAUGUAUAAUUGCUCACUUCAUGCUGAGUUUAUUCGGGAUCAUGCUGAUUAUGGUUUCGAUGUCACUGUGAAUAAAUUUGAUUGGAAGUAAGUUGGUAAAUAUUUUUGAAAUAUUUGUUAUAAUUUGUAUUUUUAAGAGUUAUCAAGAAGUCGCGCGAUGAAUAUAUCAAACGGUUGAAUGGACUUUAUGAAGGUGGAUUGAAUGGAUCGAAAGUUGAGCUUAUUCGAGGCCGCGGAUCUUUUGCUGAAGACGGAACCAUUGUUGUAAACGGACAGAAAUAUAGGGGGAAGCAGACUUUGAUUGCAGUUGGUGGAAAACCAACCAUCCCAAAUAUCAAAGGAGCUGAAUAUGGUAUUGAUAGCGACGGAUUUUUCGAUAUCCCAGAUUUGCCGAAGAAAACUGUUGUUGUUGGAGCUGGAUAUAUCGCUGUUGAAAUUGCUGGAGUUCUUGCAAAUCUUGGAUCGGACACACAUUUGUUGAUCAGAUACGAUAAGGUUCUCCGGACAUUUGAUAAAUUAUUAUCUGAUGAAUUGACCGCUGAUAUUGAUGAACCAACAAAUCCACUCAAUUUGCAUAAGAAUACGCAAGUCACAGAAGUUAUCAAGAAUGCUGAUGGUCUUUUGACAGUAAAAACAAAUACUGGAGAUAUCGAAGGAGUUGAAACAUUGAUUUGGGCAAUUGGAAGAGAUCCGCUUACCGCUGAAUUGAAUCUUGAUAAAGUUGGAGUGAAGACUGAUAACAAAGGUCAUAUUAUUGUGGAUAAAUAUCAAAAUACAACAGCACCAAAUAUUUUGAGUGUUGGAGAUGAUACUGGUAAAUUCCUUUUGACACCAGUUGCGAUUGCUGCUGGAAGAAGACUUGCUCAUCGAUUAUUCAAUGGAGAAACGGAAAAUCAUUUGGCAUAUGAAAAUAUUGCAACUAUUGUAUUCAGUCAUCCAUUGGUUGGAACUGUUGGUCUCACUGAAGGUGAGUAUUAGAAAAAUUUAAAAGUAGGAGCUUGAGUUUUAGAAUAUGAAAUUGUCUUUUUUUUCUAAAUUCUUGAGAAAUAUUUUGUUAAAAAAUCCUAAGCUUCAUGUGAAAAUGAUCUGGAAAAUCUAUUAAAAAUUGAUCUAGAAAUCCAGAAAGUUCUGAAAUGAUAGCCCUAAACUUGAAUUUUUCAGCCGAAGCUGUCGAACGGUUCGGAAAAGAUAACGUAACUCUCUACAAGUCGCGUUUCAACCCAAUGAUGUUUGCCGUCACAAAACAUAAGGAAAAGGCCUCAAUGAAAUUGGUUUGCGUUGGUGCAGAAGAAAAGGUCGUCGGUGUUCAUAUUUUCGGAAUUGGUUCGGAUGAAAUGUUGCAAGGAUUUGCAGUUGCUGUUUCAAUGGGUGCCACCAAAAAACAAUUCGAUCAAACAAUCGCAAUUCAUCCAACAUCUGCUGAAGAACUUGUCACAAUGCGAGGAGCAGUCAAACCGGAAUAA